AUGGCCAGCCAGAAAAUCUUGAGUGCGGUCGACUCAAUCAAUGAUCUUCUGAAGACCUUACCGCCCCAGCCAACAGCCGUGAGAUGCUACGACUCGUUUGUUCCAAAGGAGAUGGCUGGAUGCUUAAGGAGAAGAGCGCUGGAAAGCACGCUCCCUCUCCUCGAAAGAAUUGUGUGCGACAUCAAGUCUGCACAGGAAAAGCAUACUGCCCUGGAUGCCGGAGAGAUGUGCAGCAGAAGAGAAUUUGCAACAACCCAGCUCCAUCACCUGAGGCUUUCUAUGGAAAAUGAGUUUGAGGAAGCCAAGAUCAAUAGAGUCAAGGACCUUCUCAGCGAAAUCGAGUAUUACGAACGAAUCGGAGCGAGACCAGUUGGCAGAAUCAAUGUUGGGAAGGAGGCAACCACAAGGAUAUUCAGGAUGCUGUCCCGUGUCAGGACAAAGCCCGUUGAUUCAUAUAUUUGGGGGUACCUAAAAAGAAGAGUCUGCUUCUUCCACGAAUCCCCCUCGGAUAUCGAGAUCUCGUCCUUAAAAGCAAUGCUAAGGCUUCUUCACGAGAACGAUUCGGAGGCGCCCCGGGGCCAGAGCCAACCUUGUGAAAGACAGGAAUAA